GGGACUGAGGGAACAGUCCACUAGAUAUCGUAACUUCGUAAGCAACCUUCAGUAUUAACAAGUAGUAAUCCACCAUUAUCGAAAUUCCAUCAAAAUCCCCAAUUUCUCUUUUCUUCAAUUGCUAGCUACAUCUUGGUUUUUGAAAUUCAAUUGCAGAAGAUAACUGUUUACUUAAACUCCAGAUUCACAGGGUAGGGGUUUAAGGUGAUUUGCGGCGAAUUUGAUAUCUUUGAAUUGUUAAUUUAAUCUCAAACAAGCAUACAUUCAUGGCAGAUUACAGGGAGCUUCAUUAAAUUGAGAAAAUGAAACUUGUUGGCUCCAACUUGAAGAAAAGAAAACAGUUAGCUGUAGCUGCUGAAGACUUUGGCCUGCCUGCUCCAAAGCAUGUAUGCUAUGAGGCAGCUGACGAAUCUGAAUGUGGAUCAUUACGAUCUGCGAAUGAAGAGGGUGCAGAAUUCCUUAACAUGUUAGUUGAAUCAACACAAGACAGCAAUAGCUUUCCGGGAGGUUCACAGUCAUCUACGGAAGUGGUUUUUGAAGCAGGUUUUCGAAAGACGGAAUCGUAUGAUGAGGCUUCUACUUCCUGGGCUAAUUCAAGACCAGUCACUUCUGGAAUUGAUUCCCUUUCACUAGAGAGUGGAAUUUUCAAUGCCAAAGGGGAUGAUAUGGAAGAAAACCAUCUUCCUCAUCAGGAGAGUACUAUUGGGUGGUAUGAUGUUGACUGUCUGGAGGAGUGCAUCGACGCACAAUAUUAUAGGGACAGCAAGGCACAUGUUUCUGAACAACUUGAAGGGUUACUUUCCUCCAGUGGGAUUCCAUCGUCAGAUAGGUGGAUUGCUGAUGGAGAGGGAGAUAUGGGUAGACAGAAGCCAACAAUAGAUCAGGAAUUCGAGCAGUACUUUUCGACACUUAUGUUGUAAGAGAUUUAUUUCUUGUUGAGUUCACAUUCCUGUUGUAUGUGACCUGAAUUUGUAUAUAUAUGUCAAAAUUUAUUCAUAUACUGCUCAUUUCAUAUUGCUCGUAAUCAUUUUAAUUCAAAAUCUCAUCUCUA